ACAGAAAUUGUGCAUACAAAAACACCGUUUUUUAAUAACGCCUAAUAUAACAUUUUUUUAAAGAUGAUUUAAUUCGGAAAAGUGUCCAGUGCGAUAAGGAAGUACCCCUUUUUUGUCGCAGUUAAAUUUUAAGUUUCAAACAAUUGAGACGUUGCCAUAGAGAUGAUCAGGAGCCAAGUGUCACUUGGCUGGACAGCGGUGGUUGCCGGGUUACAGUUGUGCGCACUAGUCCACGUGACCUGGUACAGCCUCGUUCUCGAUACGCGCACCUGCACUUCCUGUGGUCGUCUGAUUGUCUCCCUUGGAGAAGUACUGGAAAAUUCCACUGCUUUGGGGUCAAGGUCGAGUUUAAUCGAGGAUGAUGAUUUUAAAUAUGAUUUUGCUUUUCAAACGUUAGUACCGUUGUUUGGUUUUAAUUACAAAGAAACUGAUAAAAAUAUCACUAAUGAUUAUGACAAUGUCGACAACGCGAGGGAAAGCAGAGACUAUCACUCUCAUCCAUCGAGUGAACAUGAUUUCAACAAUGUGCCAGUGGAUUUAUCCUUUAACAAAGAUGGAUUAUACGAGGAUUUUGAAGACACUAUCGCCAUAGAAGGGCAAGUGAAUGUAGAUAUUGGCCUGUGGCUGACGUCCGUGUGCCUGCCAGGCGGCCUGAGGUGCGUCCAUCUGUCUCGGAGCCAGGCGGCAGGAUUGUUCCGGUCUGUGAGGCCUCUUGCGACAUUUCAAGACCACGUACCAGAGUGUCACCUGCUUCUACUCCUCUCCGUCAGCGUGACCUUGGUAACCUUGGUGAUAACCUUACUGGACAAGCUUAAAUCAAGGCCGGCCAGACACCAUCGGGCGCUUGUGCACAUUGGAUUUAUUUCCACUGCCUCGUGCACAGGUUCUGUUCUCGGAGCUGUUACGUCAUACGCCAUCGUGCUCAGCAGCAGUGACGUCGUUUAUCCCAGAAUUCCAUACGCGCUAGUAAUGGCGACGUUGUCGAUGUAUCUACUGUUGUAUACGUCCUAUAAAUCGCAUACAUCACUUCGAGAAUCAAAGAAAAUCAGGCUUGGUUUAUGGCAAAGACCUAGAUCUACUUUGAUAAAAGAUGUAUGAAAUUUUCAUAUCAUGCAUCGGGAAGUUCCACAACAGUAAUGAAACAGGCGUAUGUUGACAAAUCAUGGACGUCAAAAACCACGCAAUAGAAUUCAGACAGUUUAUAUUUGUCAUCUGAACACUUACUUUGAGUUAAUACUGCACGCCAACAUACCGGUCGGCAGAUAAAUCCUGAUGAUCAAGUUACAGUCAAUAUGAAAUAACAAACGCACAUGCUAUGAACAGCUACUGAUCGAAGGAUAGCGGUCAACGUACGGCGUCGCUGAACACUGUUGUUUUUUUUUAUUAUUUUUGUUUCAGUACUGUACGGACACCUUCGGGUAUGUCCUCGUACACGCAUUUCUAACAAUAAGCUCGUGAAAUGUACUCAGUCUUUAGGGGCAAAACGAGAGGUUAACUUUUUACGAUUACUGUGCCGUAAAGAGAUAUUGUAGUCAGCAGUAGCUCAAGCUAGUACCAGUUCAGUCCCAUAAUAUUUAUACCUCAACUUCCAUUCCUUAAAUGAACUGCCUUUCGGCAAUUGCGGUUAUCAUCCGAUGAACGCAACAUAUUCGGAUAUGUUCGGAUCGCAAUUCAUCGCAUAACAAUAUGCAUGAAAAUUGUUGAUCUUGUUAUUGUUUGUAUUGUGUCAGCAGGUCCCGUCAAAUAUAAAUCGACAUUUUAGAAAGUGUUAAUUUAUGAUAUAUUAAAAGUCGUGUUGCUAUAAGUGUUUCAAAUUUACGUUUAAAAGUGAUUUCAAGUGGUUGAUCUUUUCCGCGUUAUUGUGACGUCAUUUGAUAAAAUGUUUCCGGUUACAGUCGGUCGUUCUAUUUUCAGAAUGGGUAAAUAAGGAUUCUUGAAAGGUUUACUUAAAUGAAAUGACGUAUUUUUUUAACAAUUGUUGAAUGAAAUAAUGAACUUUUUGUGUAAAUAUAAGAAAUGAAUUGUGGGAUUGGUGUCAUUAGCGGGGAUAUGAACGCAAUUGGGCUGGUCAGUGUACGCGUGGAGUCCUUCGGACUUUGACCAGCCCAAUUGCGUUCAUACACCGAUUAUGAAAUCAAGCCCGCAAUUCAUUCCUUAAAUGAUACACGCAGCAGCGCCAUAAAAGGUGUUUAAUAUUUGAGGUGUGGUUGGACAACUAAAUGUACAUGUACAUAUAUGUUUACUAUUUCAAUCCCCACCCUCGUGAAAUGGUUUCUUCACUGACUGCUCCAAGGCAGUAACCCCAAGAUUCAUUUAUAACAAUAUUGUUACAAUGUGGCAAUUACUACUAGUUUUGAUCCAGGAGGUUGUAUUCGACUCGAGUGGACUGUUUCAUAUGCGGAUUCACAAGGCGCUAGCCGAUGGUAAUCAAAUCUACAAAAAAUCCACGAGAGUCGAAUACGACAACAUCCGUAUCAAAACACAGUACUAACAAGAAAAAAGUUGAUGCAUAGCAUCAAGUCGGCGCAAUGAAAUAAGCAGAAACACGUGCAUGCAGAUAACCAAAAAUGGUUAUUAUUUCAAUGAUAAUAGUUGUUUUUAUGUUGGGUGUACAUAUGCUUAAAGGACAUUAUGGUUAAUAUUACAAUAUUGUUACAAUAGUUUAAGCACGGAAUUAUAGAUAUUCUGGGUUUUUUCCCAAGCUAAUCCUCCAGUUAAAACUAAAUUAUAACAAAAUUAUACAUACGUUUCUUCGGAAGAAAUAUGGUCUAGUACAUAGAUUUCAAUAACAUAAAAUUCACCUGUGAAUUGUGAAUUUCUUGCUUUAUAUUUUGUAUAAAUUUUUGUUAUACAUUUCACUCAUAUGAGUAUUUAGGACGGGGAUAAAAAUAAUAAACAUCAAGAGGGAAUUAUCUAAAGUUCAUUCUUUCGAGUGACAUUUUCAAAACAAACAAUUAAGCUCAAGGUUACAUUUUCAAAACUCGGCAUUUUUGUCGUCACCAAGGGAGAUUACUGCGUAGGAGGUUUACAAACAUAACGGAUAUUGUAAUAGUACCAUGUAACCUUCAUCUAUUGAUAUCAAUCGGAACACCUCGGCCUGUAUCUAUCUCGGAGAUGGCCGAGUUGUUAUGAAUGAAUUGGUAUUUAAAAUCAAAAAUUUCAAAAUGAUAAGCAGGGCUAUUAUAAUUUAAGGUUUCAUUAUCAAUUAAAGAGUAAAGUAUUAAAAAACAUACAAAAACUUCAUAUUUUAUCACUAAACUAUUGAAAGCAUUGUUCUGCAUUUUAUGAACUAGUCCCUAAGUUGGAAUAUUCUAAAGUAAUAUCAAAUAUUCUGGGCGCCGACUAAUAAUAACCCGCGCAGUGAUACUAGUUGUGACGUGACGUCAACAGUGUGGAAUGCGGUCGUAUUGCACUGGAGUGGAAAACGGACUAUCAUAUUUUGCGGUGUUUUGCGUUUUGAAUUACAAAAGAUAGGUACAUUGUAUAUAAAAAAAAUCAUUUAUGUGAUUUGUGUAUGUUAAUUAAAAUGUGCUGUUGUUUUGUCUCGAUGAAUGUCAGUUGAGCCUAGGCUUAUGUGCCUUUAAACAACUCCAGUGUUAUUUUACGA